UUGCAUGCUCACAAAUAUGUUAUCUACCCAAUUUCUAGGAAGAUUUUUCGAUUUGGGCAACAGUCAUGACGUUGAAGCAGUCGUAGACAUUUUAGAUAGACUUCAGUGAUGAUGAUGGCAUUGUAGAUGAAACUUGGACUCCGUUUAACGUAAACGCUGGUGGAGAAGAAAGCGAUAAAAGUACAAAUGACGGUGAAGAGGAUCCAAUAAUCAAACUUCGCGGGCACAGCGGUCAUACAACCGUCAUCGAACGCUAUACCUAAACCCAACCCCAGGAGAGAAAUUUGGAAAAAUGCAAACACACAUAUCCUAUAGAGUAAAGAACAAUUCUUACUCUUUUAGCUCGAUUAUCUUUAAGUUCAUCUUAUUAAUAUCCUACAUUGGCUCCUGGUAAGCGUAAAAAUUGGAAUCCCGACGACAUGAAAAAGACGAUCACAGCGGUGCGGUUAUCUGAAAGCAGCUAAGAUGUACAAUGUCCCUACGUCAACUUUAAUAAGGCUAGCGUUAAAGAAAGACACCGAAAUCGAAGAGGUCGUAAACACUAAAUUACUGCACAAACCAGUUUUUCCUGAAAAUUUUGAAAAGAUGUUGAUGGAGUACGUUUUAACAAUGGAAUCGAAAAUAUUUGGUCUAAGCAGAAUGGAUGUUAAGUACUUAGCCUAUCAACUGGCUCAAAAAAAUAAUAUUAUACACCCAUUUUCGAAAGAAAAUCAUUUCGCGGGUAAGGAUUGGCUGCGCUUGUUUUUAAAGAGGAACCCAAAUUUAGCGUUCCGCUCUCCGACGGGAACUUCAUUGGCAAGAGCACGAGGUUUCACAAAAGAUAAUGUGAAUACCUUUUUUGAUAUCCUUGGAAAGGAAAUGGACAAUUUUAAUUAUUCAGCCAAAAAUGUUUUUAACGUUGAUGAAACAGGCAUAAGUGUCGUUCCAUCAAAAUUACCUGAAGUAUUGUCAAGGAAGGGCCUUACUUCUGCGGAGAGAAUCUACGAUAACAACUAUUGUUUGUAUGAGUGCAGGUGAAAUAUUUGUUCCACCACUAUUUAUAUUUCCACGAAAGAAACGCUCACAUUUGUUGCUAAGAGGAGCGCCGCCUGGAUCAAUAUACGAAUGUCAUCAAUCCGGUUGGGUUCAAACAUACAUUUUUACAAUAUGGUUUCGACAUACAAAACACGUCAAACCAUCAGCAGCUUCACCAGUAUUGCUCGUCUUGGUCAUUCGAGUCAUACAAGAAAUAUUGAGCUUGUUGAUUUGGCUAGAGAAAAUCACGURUCUAUCGUAUCCAUCCCKCCACACUCAAGUCACAAACUACARCCRCUAGAUAAAACUUUCAUGGGACCUCUUAAGAGUUAUCUUUUGGAAGAAAUACGUGUUUGGAUGCGUUCGAGCGGCAGAGCUUUGACACACUUCGAUAUGGCAGAGCUAUAUGGAAAGGCCUAUUUGCGAGAUCAGAGUGGGGAAAUCGCAAUUAAUGGAUUUCGCACAACCGGUAUAUUUCCUUUGAACCGGUAUAUAUUUCGCGACCAUGAGUUUUUAGCUGCUGAUGAUGUAGCAUCGCAUUCUCCUCCUCGAAAGUUUGAAAGCGCUUACGAAGUACCAGAUGAAAUACUAAAUAACGAAACCAUUGUAGAGAGUCCGCAUCCAAUAAGCGAUAUUUGUAAUGAAAAUGUAAAUCUUUCAGUUCUAAACGAAUUAGAAACCAAUUCUAGGGUCAUAUCUCCGGUUCCUAUAAAAAAAACGAAACCUUCCAAUCGUGGCAGGCCAGCAGGAAAGUCCACAUUGAUAACAUCUUCGCCUUAUAAAAAAUCUUUACAAAUUUCGUUGGAGAAAGCAUCGGAAAAAGAACCUCUAAGAAAAACCAACAGACGACAGGAUAUUGAUUCGAAUGAACCCAGCUCUUCCAAGGGAAUUAUCAAAAAACUAAAUUUUGCAAAAGAAAAGUGUACAGAACCCAAAAAACACCAAGGUAAUUCGAGCCAACCCAGCACUUCCAAAGCACUUAUGAAAUCAAUAAAUUCAGGAAGAGAAAGAUGUUCAGGAAAAAGGAAGAAAACAAAUUCCUCAUCCUCUUCGGACUUGGAUGACAAUUACAGUGUCCGGGACGAAUCUGACGGUGAAAUUCUAGAAUUUGUAAACGCCGGUGAGAAAGAGGAUGCGAAAUGCCUAUAUUGCUCUACGUUUUAUUCGGAAGAUCGGCCUGGUGAAAUAUGGGUUCAAUGUGUCUCUUGCAAAAAUUGGAGCCAUGACGAAUGUGCUGGUUGUGAACAAGAUCUCUUUAUAUGCGACAUGUGUCCACAAUAAUCACUUCGGCUAAUAUGGACUACCUGGUCGAUAUUAGCCCCCAAUAUUUUGUUUUCGC